CCCAUGUUUAUUUUAACUUUUCAUAUUAUUUUUUGAUCUAUAUCAUGCCCUAGAAAUAUUGCAACUAUUUUUUGAACCACCUUGUAUAUGAUAGCUAAUUAAUCUGGCGACGUCAUCACUAUCACUAGUUGCCUCAUCCUUUUACAGAUGGGGAAAGAAGUAGUAUUGAAAAGUAAAAACAGUUUGAAAAACAUGCGAGAGGGCCUUUUUAUUUACAUUUUGUUAUACUGUCUUCUUGUUUUUUUUUUCGCAGCCAAAAUCCGAACAUAACGGUGUACGAAAAGGCAAAAGCUUUCCAGAGCCUCCUAAGACAUGGGUUGCAUCUGAGAAGAAGUCAGUCAACACUAAAGCACCAAAUCCCGAAGAACAGCAUCUCAGAAGUAAGGAGUCAACUGCUGCAGUUCUCCACAACUCCCUGGUACCAUUACAAGCUGUCAAAAACCACAUAAAGACAGCCGGGCAUAAUGUAAAUAAACCGCAGGGAGGUAACAGAAAAGAAAAUACUGAACAAGAACAUGCACCUGUUACUAUAAAUGAUGGUAAAACGAAAAAGAUGCAACAUUCUGACAAAGGGAAUGAUGGGAAGACAAAACGGAAGCCAAGGAUUGCUGCGAAUUUUCAAAAGAAAUGAGUUUUGAGUUUUAUUAUUUUGAUUAUAACAAAUUGAUUUUGUAUUGAGUUACAAGUUUUAAACCAAACUGUGAUAAAAUAUUACAGUUUUGCUGUUACAUUUUACAAUAUUGUAUUUGUCAUGUGAAGCAUUAAAAGAUAUCUUUAUUGAUAUUUCCCAUUUUUU